AUGCAGUUCACCAAGUCGACCAUCACCCUCCAGGCUCUCCUCCUUGCCGUUCUUGUCGUCGGCACUCAGGCUCAGUUCCUCUCUGACGCAACCAGCGUCCUCGGCGGGAUCGGACCCACCAUCGAAUCCGGUGCCUCUUCUCUCUUCGGUGAAGCCACCUCAGCUCUAGGCACCGGCACCUCUGGCGCUGCUAGUAUCGCCACCUCCCUUGCCUCCGGUGCUAGCAGCCUUGCUUCCUCCGCCGCAUCCGGUGCUAGCAGUAUUGCUUCCUCCGCCGCAUCCGGUGCUUCUAGCGUCGCUACUGCCGCUUCGUCGGGUGCUUCAUCGGUUGCUUCCGAUGCUUCCAGCAGCGCGGCCUCCGCUACCUCUUCUCGAGCUAGUAACGCAGCUAUGGGUAGCAGCGUCAACGGGUUGCCCGUAAACAUGGUUGCUGCUGUCUUGACUGUUCUGCUUGGAAGUGCUAUUGCCGGUACUCUUGUUCUUUAA